AUGGUUCUCAAGUUCAUGGUUCUCAAGUUCAUGGUUCUCAAGUUCAUGGUUCUCAAGUUCAUGGUUCUCAAGUUCAUGGUUCUCAAGUUCAUGGUUCUCAAGUUCAUGGUUCUCAAGUUCAAGGUUCUCAAGUCCAUGGUUCUCAAGUUCAUGGUUCUCAAGAUCAUGGUUCUCAAGUUCAUGUUUCUCAUGUCCAUGGUUCUCAUGUUCAUGGUUCUCAUACUCAUGGUUCUCAUGCUCAUGGUUCUCAUGCUCAAAGUUAUGGUGAUCCACCGAGAUUUGGCUGCCAGGAACAUCCUACUAUCUGAAGGGCUGACAGCUAAGGUUUCAGACUUUGGACUGUCCAGAGGGGAGGAUAUCUACGUCCAAACAUCAAAGAGACGAGUUCCAGUCCGCUGGUUGGCUAUUGAGUCAAUCAGGUAUAAGAGGUACACGACAAAGAGUGAUGUGUGGUCUUUUGGCAUCCUCUUGUGGGAAAUAACCACAAUAGGGGGAACCCCCUACCCGACCACCAAGAGCGAGUCACUGGCCAGGAAGCUGAAGGGAGGAUACCGUAUGCCCAAGCCCAGCAACUGUGACGACAAAAGUUACGUCCUGAUGCGUAAGUGA